UUUCUCUCCCAGUGUGUAAGUAGAGAAAAAUGGCCAGUAUUUCAGUAAGCAAGAAGCAGUUCAGCUGUCCAGAGUGUAAACUUCUUCUGAAGGAUCCAGUGUCUAUCCCAUGUGGUCACAGUUUCUGUAAGGUGUGUAUUAAUGGCUGCUGGGAUCAGGAGGAUCAUAAUGGUGUCUACAGCUGUCCUCAGUGCGGAGACACUUUCACUCCAAGGCCUGUUCUACACAGCAACAAGAUGCUUGCUGAAGUGGUGGAGAAACUGAAAAAGAUUGAUGUCCGACCUCCACUUCCACCUCCUCGACUUGGAUAUGUUGAAUGUGAUUACUGUGAUGAAAGAAAAUGCAAAGCUAUCAAGUCUUGCCUGACGUGUCGGACUUCUUUUUGUGAAAUUCACCUUAAACCACAUCUUGAGCGACCUGCUUUGCAAACACACUCGAUAAUCAAAGCCACAAAAAUACUCCAAGAGAAGAUCUGCUCCCAACAUAACAAGCCGAUGGAGAUCUACUGCUGUACUGAUCAAACCUGCAUCUGUUAUUUGUGCACAAUGGACAUACACAAAGGUCACAAUACAGUCACAGCUGCAGCGGAAAGAGCUGAGAAACAGAGUAUGUUGAAGGAGGUGCAGAUAAAAAACAAUCAGAGAAUCCAGGAGAAUGAGAAGAAGGUGCAGGAGCUGAAACACACUAUAAACACUAUAAAGCUGAGUGCACAGACAGCAGUGGAGGACAGUGAGAGGAUCUUUACUGAGCUGAUCAGCUCCAUGGAGAAAAAGCGCUCGGAGGUGACGGAGCUGAUCAGAGCUCAGGAGAAGACUGAACUGAGUCGAGCUGAACGACUCCUGGAGCAACUGGAGCAGGAGAUUGCUGAUCUUCAGAGGAGACUCACUGAGCUGGAGCAGCUUUCAUACACACACGAUCAUGUCCAUUUCCUCCAGACUGUAGAUUCCGCACUUCAGUCUUCCCCAUCAGGAAGCAGAAACAUUUCCAGAACCAGCAUCACUCACAUUAUCUCAUUUGAUGGACUUAAACAUUCUCUCUCAGCUAUGCAGAAAAGACACGAGGAAUUCUGUGAGAAAGAAUUCAACAAAAUCUCUCCACAUGCUGAUAUUGUACCUGAGCUCAAGAACCGAGACGAAUUUCUACAAUAUUUCUGUUUUCUGACUCUGGAUCCCAACACGGCACAUCGUAGCCUCAUUCUGUCUGAGAAGAACAGAGUUCUGACACGCGGUGAAAGAGAGCAGCAGACCUCUGAUCAUACAGGGAGAUUUGAUUACUGGCCUCAGGUGUUGUGUAAGGAGAGUGUGUGUGGACGCUGUUACUGGGAGGUGGAGCGGAGCAGAUGGGGGGGUAUGGACAUUUCAGUCUCUUAUAAAGGAAUCAGCAGGAAAGGACAGGGUAAUGAGUGCAGGUUUGGGCAUAAUGAUCAGUCCUGGAGUCUGUGGUCUUCUUCUGCUUCUCUUUAUUUUUAUCACAACAACAUCAAAACUACAUUCAACCUUCCAUCACCCUCCAGAAUAGGAGUGUAUGUGGAUCACAGUGCAGGAACUCUGUCCUUCUACAGCGUCUCUGACACGAUGAAGCUCCUCCACAGAGUCCACACCACAUUCACUCAGCCUCUGUACGCUGGGUUUGGGCUUUGCUUCCCAUCAACUAUAAAACUGUGCAUUCCAAAAUAGGAAGUUAUUUUCAUA